AUGUGGAUCCUUUGUUGGGCCAUCAGAGAACCAUACGAGCACAAUCGGGUCCUUCGUCAAUUUCAAUAUAAGCAAACUGUGCUAGAGUACCCGUUAAUCAAUGACAUUGAUCGUUGGAAUGCGAUACACCGCGGAUGCCUUGGGACUGGAAAGGCAUAUGAUGAUUGGGUGCAAAAACACACCGAGUCUUCAAAUCUCAGCGACGUAUAUCAUCUCGCUGAUGCAGCCUUACGGGAAAAUCCAGGCCUCGGUGGUAGUCUAGAGGAUAAACUCUUGCAAAUCUUCGACAAGAGUUUCAGUGCCCUGACUUUGGGCCUACAUGAUAUGAGCACUCAGCCCGAUACUCAGGAUUUAGCGCCAGCUCGUGGGCAUGCAUUGGCAGAGGAUAGAUGGUUGGAGUUGUAUACUUUAGAAGUUGAAGUUGAAGGGACAGAUGGUGAAGCUACAGGGAAAGCUGAAUUUGAUGACCAAGAUUAUGAAGAGAAUAUAAAUGAGAGUGAAGCAACAUGGGGUGUUGAAGAUAGUAAUAUUGAAGCUGCUGCAACUGUGGCACGGGGUAUUGGCAAGAAGAAACUUAUAGGAAGUAAUAGCAGAAAUCAGCAAGAGGGUUCAAGUAAGAUUCCUGAAAUCGGUAAGUCAAUGGGAGAGUUCACACAUACAGGUGUUGGGGAUGUCGAUGAAAGUGAAGAUGAACGUAUUGGUCGUAGACUAAGGGAUUUGAAUCUCACUAUACCAGAUUCUGAUGAUGACUUUGAACCACUCCAUGAAUCAGAUGCAGAAGGUGAGGAACUUUUAGAACAAUUUAAUUCAGAGAAAGACAUGUGGGACCCUCCUUUGAAGUGUGGACUUACCUUCAAUAGCUUGGAAGAGUCAGCACAUGUUAUUAGAACAUGGAAUAAUAAGGGGCUUUCAGUGGAAAUUUCAGAAAAUUGA